UUUGUGCGAGUUAUGAAGAAAAAAACCUGCAUUGUUAUUUUUCAUUAAUCUUUCUUUUCUGCUAUAAUUAUUUAUUGAAGAUGGUUGUGGCUAUAGGCUUCGAAGGAAGCGCUAACAAGCUUGGCGUCGGAAUCGUCAAAGACGGCGAAAUUUUGGCUAACUGCCGGAGAACAUACAUCACACCGCCCGGAGAAGGUUUCCUACCGCGUGAAACAGCUGAACAUCACCAGGCAAACAUCCAUGAGGUCCUGCAGGUGGCUCUGGACCAGUCGGGCGUCAGUCCCGCGGACAUUGACGUGGUCUGUUACACUAAGGGACCGGGAAUGGGCGCACCGCUGAUGGUCGGUGCUAUAGUCGCGAGAACAUGCGCCAAAUUGUGGAACAAACCUAUCAUGGGAGUCAACCACUGCAUUGGACACAUAGAAAUGGGGCGGCUCAUAACCAAAGCAAACAACCCAACAGUAUUGUAUGUGAGUGGAGGAAACACUCAAGUUAUAGCGUACUCCAGGAAAAGAUACCGAAUAUUUGGAGAGACUAUCGACAUAGCUGUAGGGAACUGCUUGGAUAGAUUUGCAAGAGUAUUAAAAUUAUCAAAUGAACCAAGCCCAGGGUAUAAUAUUGAACAGGCAGCUAAAUUAGGAAAAAAAUAUUUACACCUUCCCUAUAGUGUAAAAGGUAUGGAUGUAAGCUUCUCAGGUAUUCUGUCAUACAUGGAGGACAAAAUAGAUGAACUCCUAAAGGAGUACACUCCUGAAGACCUCUGCUAUUCACUUCAGGAGACAGUGUUUGCUAUGUUGGUGGAGAUCACGGAGAGAGCCAUGGCCCACUGUGGAUCUAAUGAGGUUCUCAUAGUCGGCGGAGUCGGCUGCAACGAGCGCUUACAAGAGAUGAUGGGCAUUAUGUGCGCUGAACGAGGCAGCACUCUGUUCGCGACAGACGAACGCUUCUGCAUAGACAACGGAGUGAUGAUUGCGUACGCCGGAGCGCUGGCGCAUGCGUCGGGAACGCGUAUGCCAAUGAGUGAAGCCACGAUCACGCAGCGAUUCCGUACCGACGACGUUCUUGUUACGUGGAGGGACGAUUAGAUUCUAGGGGCCAUAUAUUUAUUUAACUGUAUUGAUGUCUAGUAUUAAGUGUACUUUUCAUGUUAUUGUGUAAAUGUUUAGAAUUUAAGCUAUUUUUAUUGUAUUUGAAAUACAGCAUUUGGAAUGCA